GAAAGUGAAUAAUAUUUCCAUUUAACCCUAAGUUCUAUUUCCUUCCAAACUUCCCCUACAUUUUCCUUCUUAUUCUCUUUGCCAUGUUUUUUUGCGGAUCCCUAAGUCCAAAUGUACCUUUGGUUUGAAACUGAAGCAGGGUGAAACUUAACAGGUUGGUACUUAUCAUUCUGCAUCCAUGAGAAUCAACCUGAAACCUCCAACUCCCGGCAUUGUGAGCAGAGGAAUUGGUUUGGAAGGGUUUUGCAGUGUACUGGCUGGGCUUUGGGGAACAGGCACUGGAGCAACAACAUUGAUAGAGAAUGUGCACACAAUUGAUGUCACCAUGGUAGCAAAUCGGAGGGCCUUAGAACUUGAUUCAGUUUUCUUGAUUGCUUUCUCCUUUCUAGGUAAAGCGUGUGCCAUCCUUGCUUCUAUACCACAAGCAUUGGCUGCUGCUGUGUUGUGCUUCAUAUGGGCACUAGUUUUGGCUUUGGGUUUAUCAACUUUACAAUAUACCCAAACAACAAGUUCCCGAAACGUUAUGAUUGUUGGAGUUUCAUUGCUCCUUGGUUUCUCCAUCCCAGCUUAUGUUCAGCAGUAUCAGCCUGUCUCCAGCUUAAUUUUGCCCCCUUAUCUUCUUCCUUAUGCUGCUGCUUCAAGAUCUCCUCUUCUUGGUGCAACUGAAUCUGUGAUCUACCUAUCCUGGAGGUUUGAGAACUUAGCUACGGAAGCCAGAUCUAAGGUUUUAAAAGAUCGAGCUCCUUAGCCGCUGUCUGUCGGUGUUUCUUGCAUGACCGUGUGAGCAGUUUCAAUCCUCUCCAUGGCCACUCUCCCUAUAGCUGGACCAAUAAUUUUAAAAUAUAGAAACUCCAAGUACAAAAAGAAAUUCUAAAAUCAGUUUAGCUGUCAAACGAACCGUUCAAACAAAUCUCCACACCCGCUUAACAAUAGCCAUAAUGACACUAUGAUCUUAUGACAGAAAGUGUUCCUACAGUGAUAUGUUUGAAGGCAUGCAAUUGGAGUUUCUUCAUUGGAGUUUAUUCCAGUUGAAGGAGAAGAAUUACUUACUUAUAUUGGGAUUAAGUGAUUCUGUUUGUAAAUGCUCUGUCGUGCUUGGUACUUCUGAUUAACAGGAUGGAUGUGUGAUGUAUCUGAUGCUGCCAAGCAUUGUGAAAUGGCUGCUGAUUCCUCUGAUGAUCCCAAGCUUAUGAGCCUUAAAGCCCGUUGUAUUCCUUUGACAGAAGGUACUAUACCAUUCACUCAUUGCGUCGUAAAAUGUAAGCUGCUAGCUUCUAAUCAGUCAAUUACAUGCUCACAUUAAAUUUUACUUGCUCUU